ACUGAAAGGAGACAAGGCAAGAGUGUCUCCAAAACGUUUUAUAUAUUAGAUGGAGGGCAACUCUAAUAACCUUGGUGUGACGCAUCAAAUACAAAAGUGUUAACAGGAUUUCUAAAACACUGUUAUUAUUAAUAAGGCUUUGUUGCAUAUGUUAAUAGUCUAAUAAAUGUUAGUUUAUGUUACAAGUUUAUAUUACAAGUAUGUAUAUACCAAAAAUAAGCUGAUUUUUCUUAUGUUAGCACAUGAAAAUUCUUCCCAUUUUUAUACUCAAGUCUUGCCAUUUGAAUUGCAUUUAGGUCUUGACUUUAACAGGGGCAGGUAACACAUAACACAUUAAUAUGUUUUUACAGGGGUUAGCUUUGCAAUAUUAUGAGCCAUUUUUAACUUUAUGUUUUAAAAUUGUCUAAGGUCCCAAUCAUUUUUGGCCAAAGUUAUAACGAGCCACUGUGGCCCAGGAGCCACAGUUUGCAGAGCCCUGAUCUAAACCUUUCCAUUGUAGCUUUGCUGUGUGUUUAGGGUCGUCGUCCUGCUGGAAGAUGAACCUCUGCUCCAGUCUUAGGUAUUUUGCAGCCUCCGAUAGAUUCUCUUUAGCCACAUCUUAAUGAGUUUAUUGAUGAGCUAUACAGUUUUGUUUUGUUUUUUGGAAAUGUUCAAAGUUUUGGAUAUAUUCUACAGCCUAAACGUACCUUUAACAUUUCCACAACUUUAUCCCUGAGUUGUUCGUUGCGUUCUGUGUUCCUUAUAAUCUUUUCUGUUCACUGAUGUUCUCAUAACAAACUUUCUAGUAAUUUAUAGGGGUGGACAAUAUGCCCCUUGGUGGCCCCACUGAUUCAAGGUCGGAGAUGGUGUGCAGCAGCAGAACAAACUUAAUAUAGCUUGAACAUGAGCUGAUCUGAUCGCAAUGUCCCCCCACACCAACCCACAUUGGUGUCUUAUAACCCUAUAAACAAAUGCAUCACACUUCAGUCUUACCGGAACACUAUAAUCUGUUGUAUAUACUUGGCAUAUAUAAGUGAAAUAAGAGGAGGGUACUGACUACAGAGGAAACGGCCCGGUUUACUUCAUUUUAGGUGCUGUCAAGAAAUCCAUUUCUUGCACGAGUUUUUAUCCAGCAUGGGACAACACGGGUCCAAAUCCUCCGUUGAAGCCCGCGUUAUUUUUCAGCGUUCUUCUCCAGAGGACGUAAGCCUGAAGGAGGAUCCAUGCUCUACUCCACCCUCCGUGGUCCGCAUUCAGAGAAAGGUUCCGUCUCCGGCAACCUGUAUUCACCCUUCAGCCCGGACCGCAGAGAAACCCUCACCCCACUCCUGGCCACUGUGUCGCCGUGACACAGAGGGACUGGUGUACGUGAUGGAUAACCCAACUGGCGGUGUGUGGGUGAAACCGAGGGAAAAAUGGACCAGAUCUUGAUGGGAAAAGAAGACUUCAUGCGGGAAGCAGAGGAUUUUACCUGAAGAAUCAAUCGAGCUGACUGAAUACAUGCAGUUGCCUUUGAUUCAUGUUCCCUAAAGCUCAUGUGCAACUGCACCGCAGUGUGUUCAGCUGGAGCGAUCAUAAAGGGUCUGGGCAGCAGGCUUUAACACUGAUUACUGCAGUUAUUUAAUUAUAACUGUGUGCUUAUCGUCUAUAAUAUCGGGGUUUGAAGAAGAUGGCCUUGUAUGAGUCAUACGCUUGUGUACUGCCAUGUGCUGUUUAUUAGUUGGGCAGUGAUCCAUUAGAUUAAGGAUGGAUUAUACGCAACAAUUAGAGGAAAAUAUAUUAUGAAAAACAAGUCUGAAUCAAGUCAGUUAAAGCGUUGGAUACACUUUGGUAGAAAUGUAUCUCAGUAAAACUUUCCGAAGUCUGACUUAAGCUUUAUUUAUUUUUCUCUCUUUUUUAUCUGUUGAUCUUCAUUGCUAGAGCAUUGAACGUUAAAACUGAGUUUAUUCAUUAUGUUUUGAUAUUUAAGUUCGAAUGUAAUAACUUAAGAAUCGGUAUUGACCCACUUUUAUUAAAGUCAGACCACGUAUUUUUUUAAAUUGUGUAAUUUGUUGUUUUUUUUUACUUCUUGCAGAAAGAUGUGUGCCCUACACCGAUGUUUACAUCCAGUAUUUGAACGCCUCCUGUUGUUUGCACUACAAUUCAUGAUUUCAUACGUUUUAACUGCCUUUGCAACUUGAUUUAUUACUUUAGCAGAGACAGGCGUAAAUAUUUGUAUUCUUGUUUUGUGAUGGUCGCAUAUCGUCUACAUAGAAAAUUUCUUAAUUGAAUGGAUAUGCUAUUAAAACUGUUUAGAGUGGAUUUUUUUGUUUAUUCCCACCGUCAUUAUGUAGUCCACCAUGUUCACAUGUUAAUAUUAAACAGUCUCCCCAAAAGACUGUUUAAUAUGUCUGCACAGCAACAGUGGCUCCAAUCGGCAAUUGUAGAUUACAAUUGAAGUUGGCAUCUGAUAUGUUGAUUUCCAUUUGGUGCUAAAUUAAAGGGCUGUUUUACUCUUUUUAAAGGCGUUUGGACUCCUUGUAUAACAUCUGGGGUUUAAAAUACAUAACCUGAUCAGAUCUGAAGUGGAUUAUUUCACACACACACACACACACGCACACACACACGCACACACACACACACAAAUGAGAUAUAAACAUAUAUGAAAACUACUAUAGUCAUGCCACUCAAACCUGAAAUGAUCGCAUGCUAUUCAAAACACAAUUUUGAUUUGUGACGUUCAAGUUUUAUUCUGAUUGUAUGACCACAAAGGGGCUUUGAAAGAAGAAUGAGGUUCUCACCCAGGGUGCCUUUUAUUCAACACCUGUCAUUACCUGUUAAACAAAUAGCCUACCUAAUCACCUACCUGAAAUCAACCUGCUAAAGUUCCCAUAAAAAAAUGUCCUGCGUAAAUAUUUUUAUUGUCAUAACUGCAGCAGUAUGUAAGAUAACUGAUUACAUUUGGAAAAAGGAUUGUCAAGAAUGAUCGUGCCACUUUGAAUGAGGGAUAGGUCGAAACUUUGCCCUUGUCUCCGGGCUUUAUCAGUAUACAGUUAAUGUUAGCGUGGAGAUAAUGGCUUAUCUAUUAAACUCCGGGCAACGCACUGUGCAAACAGUACACCAGGCCGGCGAUGCGGCUGCCCCUCACGCGAUUAAAGCGACUGCGUGAAUCCACACCGCCAUGGGCCACCUCAUGUCUAAACAACCUCAAGUUCAAGUCCUUCUCCUCGGUCUGGACAAUGCUGGGAAAUCCACUCUCCUCUACAAACUGAAACACAACGUCAGCGUGUCGACCGUCCCAACCAUCGGUUUUAACGUGGAGAUGAUAAACGCCAGAAAGAACAGGAAGAAUAUUGCCGUGACCAUGUGGGACGUCGGCGGUCAGGGGAAGAUGCGUGAACACUGGCACGACUAUUACCCAAAUGCAGGAGCCGUCGUAUUUUUGGUGGACGCCUCCGACGUGGGGCGCAUGGAGGAGGCGCGCAGUGAGCUGGAGAAGACGCUGCGGAGCGACCACCUGCGGGGCUGCCCGGUCAUUCUCCUCGCCAACAAGCAGGACGUUAGCGGCGCGAUGACCGUCACGGAGAUGAAGGACAGGUUCAACAUCAGGAAAAUGUGCGUGGGUCGGGACUGGUUAGUCCAGCCUUGCUCCGCUUCGACUGGGUUUGGAGUCGAGGAGGCUUUUCGGCGAGUGGUCCAAAUAGUCAAACUACCUUCUGAGCCUGGAGCUGUCAAAGACAAUAUCAAGAAUACAGUGCACAACAUGCGACACACUGGCAAACAAUAAGUUUCAUUUGGAGCAUAUGUGUCAUGUUUUACUUAUUUGCGCCAACAGGAAACUCAGCAAUCAGUUCAAUGGGUAUAUCACUGUAAAAAUAGAUGUUACUUUUUAAAUAAGCAUAAUACGUUUUUAGUCAUAUUUCACAGUGGUUUCAUUCUAACAGCAUUAACUACUUUUUGUUUACAGAUUUUCUCUGUUUGGUCUUCAGCGGAAAUGUUAAGUGAACUGAUAUCACUGUCAGCUCCACACUAAUGGAAACCUAUCAUUAUAGUAGGCUUACCCUUGCUGUGUAACAUCACAUUUGAAAUAUGAAUAUGAACUUUACAAUCAUCGUUUAGUGGACUGUUUUAAAAACAGGGUAUGAACUGGAGUCCAAAAUAUGGGAUUUGGAAACUUGAUAUCUGGAACAAUCUUCAACCUGAACCGCAUCUGCAAAACAUUUAGUCCAUGAAUUAAGGGCCUUUAUGUAUUUUGCUACUCUGUUGUGAGAUUUUAUUGAACUAUGCUGCUGCUAUCUUGGCCAAAACGAGAUCUGUGAUCUCAAUAAGACAAAACUGGUUAAAACAACCCAAGUAAUAUUAUUGUCACUCGUUGUGUCCAGCAGAGAAUGGUAAUGCUUAUAUGUGUAUUGGUCAUAUUAUGAAUAAAUAGACCAACUUAAUUAAAACUGUCAGAUUUGUGGUUGAGAAGGUUUCUGUUUUGGAGGAAGAAUGGUAGUUUGUAUAAAGCUGAUGAAAGUGCUAAUGCUAUAUCAAACUUUUUAAAUGUUUGUAAAUCUGAAUAAUUGCAAAGGCUAUUACUAUUUACUGUAAUGUGAAACCACUCUUAUUUUUUUAUUUCUUUUUAUAGAUGGGCACAUUUUAAAUUUAACUAAUUUAGUAGAGGAUUAAAAAAUCUGCUUGAAUAUUAAUUUAUUUAAAUGUUUUCUAGCUGUUAACCUUACAUAAUGUGUGCUCAGAAAUACUGAUUAAAAUCUACCUAAAUAAAAUGUAUAACCAGUU